AUGUUGCCUAUAUUACAUAAAGAAAUAUCUGAAGCGCUUAAAACAGAAAAUUAUCUGUCUUUACACUCUGAAAGCUGAUGAAUCUGGCAAUUUUUAUUAUGAAAGUACUCUAAUUUCUUUAUUAUUUUAAAGUUUCAUUUGGUAAGUUUAUUAUGAUUAGACGAAGUCACAGGACUGGUAUGGAAGGCUCUAAUCUCUUUCCUACUACAUUUUAAAGCUCAAAAAUUUAGGAGAGGAAAAAAUUGAAAAUAUGUGAGUAAGUUAAAAAUUUAUACAGUUUACUCUCAUUUUAAUUAUCAUAUUAAUCAAGCGAGUUUUUACGAAUAAAGAUGAGUAUAGACAAGGAAAGAUGAUAGCUAAAAGUUAUGGAAUGAGCUUGAGAAUUCUAUUUAUUAUAAUUCUGUAGAACACUCUCCAUUACCUUGCCUGAUUAUAUCCAUAUGACUCUCUCCAUA